AUGGAGUACAAAAACNCUCGUGAAAAUGGAUGUAAAUGGAGUACAAAAACAAUAAAUGAUGCGGCUAAAAACGGAUAUAUAGAAAUCUUAAAAUAUUUACAUAUAAAUGAAUGUCCUUGGGAUGAAAGUACAACAGAAGCAGCUGCACAAUAUGGUAAUUUGGAAUGCUUGAAAUAUGCUCAUAUAAAUGGAUGUCCGUGGGAUAAAAGAACAACACAAGGAGCUGCUUAUUAUGGUGAGUUAGAAUGUUUAAAAUAUGCUCAUGAAAAUAAAUGUCCGUGGGAUGAAAGCACAACUCAAGCAGCUGCUUCUAAUGGUAAAUUAGAAUGUUUAAAAUAUGCUCAUGAUAAUAAAUGUCCUUGGGAUGAAAGCACAACUCAAACAGCAGCUUCUAAUGGUGAAAUAGAAUGUUUAAAAUAUGCCCACGAAAAUGGCUGUAAAUGGAAUCAAUUCAAUAUUGUAUUGACUGCUAUUAAAACAGGUAAUCUAGUAAUAUUAAAAUAUGCCCACGAAAAUUUAUGUGAAUUGAAUAAAGACGCUACUACUAUGGCUGCUUCAAAUGGUAAUUUAGAAAUUUUAAAAUAUUUACAUAAAAAUGAAUGUCCUUGGGAUGAAAGUACAUCAGAAGCAGCUGCACAAUAUGGUAAUUUGGAAUGCUUGAUAUAUGCUCAUAUAAAUGGAUGUCCGUGGGAUAAAAGAACAACAAAAGCAGCUGCUUCUAAUGGUAAAUUAGAAUGUUUAAAAUAUGCUCAUGAUAAUAAAUGUCCUUGGGAUGAAAGCACAACUCAAGCAGCUGCUUCUAAUGGUGAAAUAGAAUGUUUAAAAUAUGCCCACGAAAAUGGCUGUAAAUGGAAUCAAUUCAAUAUAGUAUUGACUGCUAUUAAACAUGGUAACCUAGAAAUAUUAAAAUAUGCCCACGAAAAUUUAUGUGAAUUGAAUGAAUACGCAACUAUUGUUGCUGCUUUAAAUGGUAAUCUAGACAUUUUAAAAUAUUUACAUAAAAAUGAAUGUCUUUGGGAUGGAAGUACAACAGAAGCAGCUGCCUCUAAUGAUAAUUUAGAAUGUUUAAAGUAUGCUCAUGAAAAUGGAUGUCGGUGGGAUGCAAGGACAACAAGAGCAGCUGCUUUAUAUGGUAGAUUAGAAUGUUUAAAAUAUGCCCAUGAGAAUAAAUGUCCUUGGAAUGAAAGCACCCCAGAAGCAGCUGCUAUAUAUGGUAAAUUAGAAUGUCUAAAAUAUGCUCACGAAAAUAAAUGUCCAUGGGAUGAAAGGACCACAGAAGUAGCUGCACAAAAUGGUCAUUUGGAAUGCUUAAAAUAUGCCCAUGAAAAUGGCUGUGAAUGGAAUGAAUAUACGAUUCUGGAAGCUGCUAUGAAUGGUAAUUUUGAAUGUUUAAAAUAUGCUCAUGAAAAUGGAUGUCCGUGGAAUGAAGACACAACUGAGUGGGAUCAAAACUAUUUUGUGUUAAGUGCUAUUGAAAAAGGUCAUCUAGAAAUGUUAAAAUAUAUUCACGAAAAUAUGAAUAAAGACGCAUGUGAAUUGAAUAAAGAUGCGAUUAAUAUGGCUUCUUUAAAUGGUAAUCUAGAAAUUUUAAAAUAUUUACAUAAAAAUAGAUGUCCGUGGGAUGAAAGCACAACAGAAGCAGCUGCUUCUAAUGGUAAUUUAAUAUGUUUAAUGUUUGCUCAUGAAAACGGAUGCUUUUGGAAUGAAACUACGAUAAUAGCGGCUGCACAAAACAUUAAGUUAGAGUGUUUAAAAUAUGCUCAUGAAAAUGGGUGUCCGUGGGAUGACUCUACAACUAGAGUUGCUGCAGCAAGUGGUUGUUUAGACUGCUUGAUAUAUGCUCAUGAAAAAGGUUGUCAUUGGGAUAAACAUACGAUAGCUGCAGCAGCUGUGCAUGGUAAUUUAGAUUGUUUAAAAUACGCCCGUACACAUGGAUGUGAUUGGGUUGAAGGUACAAUGAGAUUAGCUGCAGCGAAUGGACAUUUAGACUGCAUUAAAUAUGCUCAUGAAAAUGGUUGUAAAUGGGAUGAAGGCACAACAAGGGAAGCUGCUGCUAGUGGUCAUAUUGACUGUUUGAUAUAUGCACAUAAAAAUGGAUGUAAAUGGGAUGAAGGGACAAUGAGUGGAGCUGCUGCAAAUGGUCGUUUAGUCUGCCUAAAAUAUAGUCAUUUUAAUGGUUGUGUGUGGGACGAAGGGACAACAAGACUUGCUGCUGCAAAUGGUCAANACUGCCUAAAAUAUAGUCAUUUUAAUGGAUGUGUGUGGGACGAAGGGACAACAAGACUUGCUGCUGCAAAUAGCCAUUUUGAUUGCAUAAAAUUUGCUCAUGAAAAUGAUUGUCCAUGGAGUAGAGAUACCAUUUAUGAAGCUACUCAAAAUGGUUAUAUAAGUCUAAUAAACUAUGCUACCGAAAAUGGCUGCCUCAAUUAAUUUUCUAUUGAAAUAUAAUUAUAUUUUAAAAAUUUAAGGAAGUUAUUAUGUCAUUAUUUUUAAAAUAAAUUAAUUUGAAUUUCGAUGUGUAUC